UAGUUAUAUUUGUGCAUCAGUCGAGUCGAGAACGUAGCAAAAAAAAUUUUCAAAAGCAGAACAAAUUGUUGGAAAAUAAUUAUUACUGGUUGAAUUUUGUGGUGCUUAAUUGUUUGUUUAUUGAAAAUGCAGUACAUGGCCGAGGAAAACUUUCGUAAAUCUGUGAAUGUUCGCAUGUUGGGGCGUAGUCCGCCCUAUUAUCCGUGCAGAGCGUCUGAACACUCUGUCCCUCCCAUGACCGGACGCUACGGGGAUAAUUACUUGGAUGGUCGACGGGACAUCAAUUUUCCGCCGCCGCCGGUGCCACCACCGGGGCCGGAAAACGCUGAUUGGCUGACGAGUCCACGUCGCAACGCAUUUCCUUUGCGUCCUCUUGUCGAUGCUCAACGCAAUGAGCGUGUUGAUCCACCACACGAUGAUUACCCAAAGUAUGACACGAGCUUCAUGGACGCAUUAUAUGCAACGCUGCCAGAAGGCCGUGGCGAUCACGGCUCUAACAUUGCUACACUCCGUAAUGACUCACCCAUUGCCACACGCCACAAUGUUUCCCCCAUUGCCACACGUCAUAAUGGUUCCCCCAUUGCCACACGCCUUGCAUCGCUUAAGAACAUAUUCAUAUGA